ACACAGCACAGACACUCGACACCCGCUUUAUGUAUCAAGCAGCCUCUGCGGUCAGUGUCUGUCUGCCUCUGCUGGGUGUUAUCAUCUAACAGGGCUGCUGCUGGAGCUGCACGCAGGCUCGGGGACACAGUGUCCUUUAACCUGGAGCUGUCCCUGGGGCCAAGUACAGACACAGGACAGAGCUCAGACACGCCUCAGUGUUUCUGUGUGCAUCUUAUAUACACGUGGUGAAGCUUCAGCAAGCCACACGGCUUCCAGCGUGACCUUUGAACUCACAGGCAGGAAUCAGUCUGAUGAAGGGGUACCCACAACCGGCAGGAUGCAGCAGAAAAGGAACAUCCAGAUCAUCGAGUGGGAGGACCUUGACAAAAGGAAGUUCUACUCCUUCGGGGUGUUCAUGACGAUGACCAUCCGGGCCACCGUUUACCCGGCCACACUCAUCCGCACUCGGCUGCAGGUGCAGAGGGGGAAAUCGCUCUACAGCGGCACCUUUGACGCCUUCUUCAAGAUUCUGCGCUCAGAGGGCGUGCGAGGUCUCUACCGCGGCUUCAUGGUCAACACCUUCACGCUCAUCUCAGGCCAGGCUUACAUAACCACCUACGAGCUGGUGAGGAAGUACGUUUCCCAGUAUUCUGAGGACAAUACGGUGAAGUCACUUGUGGCGGGCGGCUCGGCCUCCCUGGUCGCUCAGAGCAUCACUGUUCCUAUAGAUGUCAUCUCUCAGCAGCUGAUGAUGCAGGGCCAAGGGGAGCACCUCACCAGGUUUCGGCUCAGUUGUAACACGGAGACUGGAAAGUCCAAAAAAGUCUUCGGCCAGACCAGGAACAUUAUGUCUCAGAUAUUCGCUGCUGAUGGUUUCCGGGGCUUCUACAGGGGAUACGUUGCUUCUUUACUCACUUACAUCCCAAACAGCGCCGUCUGGUGGCCUUUCUAUCAUUUUUAUGCAGAGCAACUCUCUAAACUGGCUCCUAGUGACUGCCCUCAUCUGAUUCUACAAGCCAUGGCCGGACCGCUGGCUGCAGCUACUGCCUCAACCGUCACCAACCCGAUGGAUGUGGUCAGAGCCAGAGUACAGGUCGAAGGGAGGACUUCAGUCAUCGAGACGUUCAGGCAGCUGAUCAAAGAGGAGGGCUGUUGGGGAUUGACCAAAGGACUGUCAGCGCGCAUCAUCUCAUCCACGCCCACCGCCAUCGUCAUGGUGGUCGGCUACGAGACGCUCAAAAAACUGAGUCUGCGACCUGAGCUGGUGGAUUCCAGACACUGGUAGGAGACGCCCGGGACCACGUGCCACGUUGACUGUGUGUGAAAGCACUGGAAGAUAAAAAUAUUGUUUUAAAUAACAGCCCGGGGAACAGGCCACUUUAAGACAUUCAACAUGUAUGCGUGUACCAACAUAUUAGUUGCAGAUUAAAUAUCAGAGUUGUUGCUUUUUAGUGCAGUUGAAAAAUGAAUGUGAUGCUGUUUUAACACUGGAAGAUUCAGACAAAUCGAACGUUAAUGUAUCAACACACACUCCGUGAUCAUUUUCAAACAUCUUUUGCAGCGAAGAAAAGUGGAAUUGAUUGCCGACAGCCUGUUAUUAUUACUCGAGUUGAGCCAAGCAGUGCUGGGCUCGUAUUUUUUAAAAAAAAGAAAAAAAACCUGGUUUUGAUCAGCGUUUGGAGAAAGGUAAUAUAACUCAUGAUGACGCAUUCACAUCAGCAGUAAACAAUCUUUCCACAAGCGUUUGUUUCCUCACGAUCGCCAGGCUGGCUCCUAUGUCCGCUCUGCAGUUCUUUUGUUGUCUCUUGGCCUUUUUAUUUUUAUAUCGAUGUAAUCAAGACAAACUUUUUGUUAUUAAUCGCUGAAUGUGCUGUGAGAAGCAGAGAAGUUGGUACAAUCUGUGUGGUAGGUAUAAUUUAAUUUCUGUACGCUCGAAUGACAAAAUCCUUUUAAAUAAAACACAAAGUACAAUAUUUUAAUCAGCUUUUUUUCUAACAUACUCGUAUGCUGUCUGUCUGGUGCUGUAGAUGAUACUGCAGUGAUGGAGAUGGUUGAUUUAAGAUGGCUGGAAGUUGAGCUGCCAGUUAAAACGUAUGAGACAAAGCAGUAAGCAGACAUAAUGCUGUUUUCCUAUCGUGACAGUAAACGUGCAAUAAUGUAAAUGUUUUAUCCUCUUCAGCACAAAAUGUGAUUGUACUGUAUAUUUCUUGUAAAUUGUGUGAAUAACAUGUCUAAUUUAUUCUAUUCAAGUAAGACCACAGAAGUGUCCAAACUUUAAUUCACAUUGCUGUAUUAAGUUUGUUCUGCAUUUGUUUUAAUGUGAUCAACUUUGAGUGUUCAUGCAGUGUGUUGCUUUUUUUUUUAUCCAGUUAGGAAAGGUGAUUCUUUUCUAAAUCAAACCUCAGAUGUGAUCAGUUUGUAGAGCUGAUCAUAUAUAUUUUUAAAAACAUUAGAUACACGUGACAUUUAGAAGUUGUCACUGCAAGUAUUUCCAUCAUAGAAGUAGGAGAGUUUGAUUUUUAAAUGAAGCCAUAAAGUUUCCUGAAGUUAUGCAUAAAUGUGCUCAAAGUUCUAAACACUAAACACAUACCUGAUGAACUCCUGCAGUUUCUCAAACACGUUAAAUGCAAUGACAUACUCGCACUUCGUCAAAGUCUUUAUCUUCAUCUUUUAAAUUAAAAGGACUCUGUGCAAACUUCCUGUAACAAGAUUAACUCCAGUCUGGUAAAUGUGAUUUUUGAUUUUUUUUUGUGAUCAUUAACUGUCAUGUACAGAAAACGUGUGGUUUCACAUCAUGUGUCGUUCAAUAAAACAUCACAGCUGC